GAGCUGGUCCAACUUCGCUCAGAUAAAACCAUAACAAAUUGUACAUCUAAGCCUUCCUCAGGAAUCAUACUAUUAAAAAACCCACAUCAAAAUCCGAUGCGUAAUUUUAAAGAUUUAUGCGUACGCGCGUGCGUUACCUAAGUGUAUGCGAAGAGACUGACAGCGGGAAGCGAUUUUGUAGUGAUAAGCUGGACGAAUGAGAUUGAUUUAAUCCUGGAUGAAAAUUGGGCGAAGCUUAACAAAGUUUAGCAACAGUCCAGAUAUGAAUUAAGAAUAUUGAUUAGUAAAAAAUACAGGGUACAGUUGUCAGUGGGUGUGGGAACGAUGAAGACUGUCCUGAUCAUAGCUGGUCUUGUGGCCCUGGCCGCGGGCUCCUUUCCAGUCUACAAACACGAACAAGUGGCUACUAAGAAACUGGAUGAGAAAUUGCACGACUUCCAGUACAAAGCCCUAUCGCUUCUCGAGAAUGUAGUCGAAGUCUACGAACAAGCUGAAUAUUAUUCAAUCGGCAGAGAGUAUGACAUCGAGAAACAUGUGGAUAUGUACACUGAUCCCAAAGCAGUUCAAGCAUUCUUAGUGCUGUGGCGCGCUGGAGUCACGCCUAAAUAUUACUUGUUCUCUAUCUUCCAAGAGAGACAGAGGGUUGAGGCUGAACUUCUCUAUGAUCUGUUCUACACCGCUAAGGACUAUGACACUCUUUACAAAACUGCCGCAUGGGCUAAAGUUCACCUCAAUGAAGGCAUGUUCCUGUAUUCCUUCUACACGGCUGUCUACCAUCGUCCUGACACUCAUGGCAUCGUCCUACCAUCACCCUACGAAUUAUGGCCACAAUAUUUUGUAAAUAUGGAAGUUCUGUACAGGAUGGUCUCUACACAGUUGUUCAACGGAGAAUUCCCAGAGGAAACCGCUAAAGCUACUGGUGUUUUCAAAGAGCAAAACUCUUACUACUACUACUACAACUACUCCGAUCAAAUGUCUUAUGAUAAUAACGAGCACAGACUCGCCUACUUCACUGAAGAUAUUGGCUGGAACUCUUACUACUACUACUUCCACACCAACGUGCCAUUCUGGUCAGAAGGCGACCAGACCUUGGGACCAUUCAAGGAACGUCGCGGUGAAAUCUAUUACUACUUCUACCAGCAACUCUUGUCUCGUUACUACCUUGAGCGAUUGAGCAACGGACUGGGAGAAGUACCUAGGUUCUCUUGGUUUGCACCUCUGAGGGCUGGCUACUACCCAUACUUGUACAAUUCUUACUAUCCAUUCGCUCAACGCCACAACUAUUACGUCAUGGGAACUCCAGAAAAUGAGGAAUACAUUCAGUUUGUAGACACAUAUGAGAAAAGCUUCCUACAAUUCAUCCAGACCGGCCAGUUCAAGGCUUUCAAACAAGAAGUAGACUUCCAUAACUCCAAGUCGAUUAACUUUGUUGGAAAUUUCUGGCAAGGAAACCCUGACUUGUACGAGAAGGAAGGACGGUCCAGGAAUUAUGAACAGUCUUAUGAAAAAAUCGCCCGUCGUCUUCUUGGUGCUGCUCCAGAGCCUUACGAUGACUACAGAUACAUUCCUACUGCGCUUGAGUUCUACCAGACUUCCCUGCGUGACCCUGUAUUCUACCAGAUGUACGCUAAGAUCAUGAAUUACAUUGUAGAGUACAAGCAAUGGUUGGAGCCAUAUAACCAAGAUGAUCUGCACUACGUUGGUGUCAAGAUUAAUGACAUCAAGGUCGAUGAGCUGGUUACCUACUUCGAAUACUACGACUUCAAUGUUACCAGAGCUAUGUACUUCUCUUACGAAGAGUCCACUGUUGGCUCUCAUAACUUCUUCGUUCGUCAGCCACGUCUGAAUCACAAGCCCUUCUCAGUCACCUUCGACGUCAAGUCUGAUGUUGAAUCUGAGGUCGUCAUCAAGCUAUUCAUGGCUCCUAAAUACGACGGAGAAGGUCGCCUUCUUACCUUGGAAGACAACUGGAUGAACUUCGUUGAGUUGGAUUGGUUCACCCACAAACUUACAUCUGGACAGAACAAGAUUCAGCGUACAUCUGAUGAUUUCUUUUUCUACAAAGAGGACUCUGUUUCUUCUGGAAAAAUCGUUGAGCUCUUGAAUCAGGGUCAGGUACCUGAAGAUAUGUCUGAGGACUACGACUCCUUGCCUAGCAGAUUGAUGCUGCCCAGAGGUACUAAUGGGGGAUUCCCAGUGCAGUUUUUCGCUUUUGUCUACCAAUAUGAAGCGCUACAGCCCGAAUACAAAGAAUCAUCUUAUGUAGUAGACAACAAGCCCUUCGGUUAUCCCUUCGACCGUCCCAUCCCUGUGCCGCAGUUGUUCUUCCAGCCUAACAUGUACAUCGAGGACGUCUACAUCUACCACCAGGGUCCUGAAUACCCGUGGUGGAACCAGUACCCAGAACACACCAAUGCGGUCCAUAAUCACUAAGAACAAGUAUAGUGUGAAAGUCCUUAGGAGUAAGGCAAAAUAAAGCAUUAAUGAAUAAAGAAUUAAUAAUAUUUAUAUUAUUUUACAAUAAAUAAUUUUACAAUUACA